GGCGGCUGAGGAAACUGUAAACGCUAUGUUGGGGACGACGCGGCGCGGAGCUUGAUUCACCUUCACCUGUCCGGGCACCAGCUGACCCCGGGCUUCCGCCCGGAGAGCAAUCAGCCAUGAACGGACGGGUGGAUUAUUUAGUCACGGAGGAAGAGAUCAACCUGACGAGAGGACCCUCGGGGCUGGGCUUCAACAUCGUCGGUGGGACAGAUCAACAGUAUGUCUCCAACGACAGUGGCAUCUACGUCAGCCGCAUCAAAGAGGAUGGGGCUGCGGCCCGGGAUGGGCGGCUCCAGGAGGGUGAUAAGAUCCUCUCGGUAAAUGGCCAAGACCUAAAGAACCUGCUACACCAGGAUGCUGUAGACCUUUUUCGUAAUGCGGGAUAUGCUGUGUCCCUGAGAGUACAGCAUAGGUUACCGGUACAGAAUGGACCUAUAGUACAUCGAGGUGAAGGAGAACCAGGUGGUAUUCCUGUAGCUAUGGUGCUGCUACCAGUGUUUGCCCUCACCAUGGUUGCAGUUUGGGCCUUCGUGAGAUACCGAAAACAGCUUUGAAAUACUUGCUGUCUUCCAGUGUGUCCAAUGAACUAUUUUUCUUACUUGCCUUCCCUACCAUUCUCCCAUAUCCUUUCUUCUCUAGCCAACACAUGAUUUAAAGUGACUGAUUACCCCCCAAAACCUUGCUGUUCAAACUUGCCAAGACUUCAAAUUCUAGUGGGAGAGAAAAGGUUUUAUUUGAAGAAAAACUGGGGGGAGGGAGGGGAAAGCCUUGCUAAGAACGAAUGAAAAGUUACAUAUUUUACUAGAACUGCCAAUAAAAAUUCAGCUAUCACCCAAAGAGGAAAAGCUCAGUCUUCCUGUUACCAUAGAUGACACCUUUUUCUUAGCUGGUGUGCUUUGAAGGCUAGCUGUGCUACAUGAAAAGAGGAGCUGAUUUUUCUCUUUUUCUUUUCCUUUUAAUGCUUUUUCUUGGAAAUUGUUUUUGAUCUUUAAUUUGUAACUCUAUACCUAGAUGCCUAUAUUGGACACAGGUGAAUGAAGUUUUUUUUAAUUUUUUUUAACUUUCUUCCAAAAGAAAACACAUAGAGUAAUAGACAUAUGCAUAUAUGAUAGCAUAACUUUGAUGCCUUAUAAGAGGUUAGAAAACCAUACUGGUUCCUGAGUUUCUAACGGACAAAUUGGGGACUAGAGGAUCAUCAUAUUCCUUCAUAUAUAAUCAAGACUCAUAUUGAACAAUGAGUUCUGGAUUGUAAAGAGAACUUACUUUUAUACUUGUCUGUCUUUGUCCACAAUUAAAAACAUACACAGUGCUAGGGGAUAAUUAUAACUGAAGAACUUGAACAGCUUUUUGCAGAACAUGUAUAAUGGGGAUGGGAAAAUUAUCUUUAAAAGAGAAUAUUCAAUCAGUGGCACUAGGAAAAUAAUAACUGAAGCAGUUAAUUGAAAACUGUAGAAGAACAAGUGUUACACAGUAGGUAUGGUGAUGUAAAUUGUAAUAAAACAACUCUGCUCAAGUCAAUCUAUUCAAGAGACUUUGAGGUAUAAAGAUAAGUCCCAGCAAUCUCUGACCUAUUUUAGUUGGUAUUCUACAGUGCUGUUGAAGGAUCAGCUGGGAUAGAUAUGGGCAGCAGUAGGGCCAGAUGAACCAGAAGAGCCUAAAGUUGUCUUGAUAGACAACUGAAAAAAAGAUAAUGCCUUAAGAUAGCAAUUGAACCCUCUAGGUUACUUAACAGUUUUCAGUUUCUAGUAUCAGGCAGGAAGAACUGCCUUCCCCGCAGGAUAGACCUGAAAUCUUGCUUCUGAUUGAGUUAAGAAAAGAAGGCCUGAAUUGAUAUGGUUUUGUUUUUAUUUAUUGUUCCCCCCAAAGCUCUAAAAAACUAGUUUUGAUUUUAAUAAGUUAAUGGACCAUUUUUCAGAGAAGGGGAAGGAAUAAGUUGUGUUUGUUUGGUAGAGGGGGCAAGGAUAUUUGGUGAGUGUUCCUGAGGAAAGUCUGAGAAUAGAAUAGGAAUGAAUGGUGCCAGAGAAUAGCAGGGGUAUUGCUUAGGAGGAACCAUCCUGUUCAUGGAGUAUCUAAUUGGUUUUAGAGUGCCAAGAAUAGUUGAACCAUGCCUAUUUUUUAACAAAAUAAUUUCCAUAUUCUAAAUAUAUUGGCCAGAUUGUUGUUUUGGCACAGAUUAUGAGUUUUUCUGGCAGUCUAGCAACUACUUAACAAGUAUUGGUUGUGCAUUAGCUUUGUCAAGACACCUGUACAAAAAAGGGAAAUUAACUUUCUUUUCACUUCAUCUGAAGGCAUUGUGGUUACAGCUAGGAAGAGAACAGUGUAAGUUGUUUAUAUUGUAGACAGCAGAAGAAAAUAGCCCCUGAGAAUUGGAGCGUUCCAUGGUGGAAGGGACAGGUUAAGGAUCUUUAGAUGCUAACCAUGUAGUAAGAGCGUUCAUAAAUAGUUGAAAAGAGCCCAUCAGUUUGAAUAAUAAAUGAAACCAGUAUGAAAAGAAAUGUUAUGGAAACAGUGUGACAACAAAGAUGGUCAACAGGUGUUUUAAGGAAUUCAGAAAAGGAAAGCUGUGGUGUAGUGGUGUCAGAGGAGAAAGGAAAGUCUUCAAAGUCUGAUGAGACUUUGCCUCUGGGCAAACUGUUGAUACAGAGAGAGAUUGGCUUUAAACAAUCUUCACAAAGCUAAGCCAUUCAGGACUUUUGAAAUUGAUUUAGUAGCAGGAGUUACUGGAAGUCCCACUGAAGACGCAAAACCAUGCUGUAGUUCUUGUCACAACCAGCACCACUGUGGAGGCCCAAUGUCUGGUGUCCUCGUAUUCGGUGGCAUGUGUAACAGCUCUUACAUGGGCUUACUUACCUCUAGUGUUCACCUCAGGGUUUUAAAUUGAUUGUUGAAAGACUGUCACACAUAUAAAGUUGAAACAGAUGGCAAGGAAGAUAGAAAACUGUUGUGUGUUGAUACAUGUAAAUAAAACCAUCAUUUGUGGGAGUGUUACUAUGGUUGAUAGGAAUUCUGAUACACUUGCGUCUCAUUGGGAAAUAAACAGCACUUGACCAAAACAUUUAAGAUUUAGGCAAAUAUUUUAGUAUUUCACUUUUUGUUGUAUGAAAACUAAAAUUAGCAUAGAUGGGAUGUAAAUCUAUUAUAGAGGAUUCCUCUAGACUGACUCUUAGUAUUCCUACCACCUCAUAGACUAUAUUUGAUGUUCCUGCCACAUAAAUUAUAAUAUUUAAAGUUUUGAAAACUGAUUAUAGGUAUACUUAAAGUAUUUCUUGUAUUUAUCAUUGUGUUUUAUUUGUAAUUCUAAUAGAUAUUGUUUGCUUCAGUUGUUCCUGUUUCCUUUUCCUGCAGUUUACUUGUGAGUAGUUUCAUGUAAUUAAUUGUACCUUCUAGCCACAGGCAACAGAUAAAAAUAGUAUUUGUAAUUACAUUCUAUGACAAGGAUUACACUAAAUUGAAUGGUGACACUAUAUAUUAACUUGAGAUGCACAUCUUGCUAUAAAGAGACUAAGAAUGAGAGAAUAAAUUAUUUUCCUAAGAUCAUAUAGGUGGUUAUAGAAUUACAAUUUAAACCCGGGACUUUGGAUGACAAUAUCAGUAAAUAUUUCCUUUGCUAACAGUUCUCAAAGCAAGGUCUCUGGACAAAAGCAUCAGCAUUCCCUGCAGAUUCUUGGGCAUCAUCCCAUACUUACGGAGUGAGAUGAGCACGGCAGCCAGAACUCUGUCCUAGGUAACUGACGAAUGCUGAACCACUCUCAGGAGCUGUUCUCUGGCUAGAAUCACUUGGACAGCUAACCAGCCCACAUUAAAUAAGGACCUCUGGGACUAGGACUUGUAUAACAACAAAAUGUUUCAUCAGGUGGCUAAAAUGUGCAGCCUCUAUUGGAAAUGUUCCCAUGGCAUUUAAAUUAGCAGAUCACCUGCAGACGAGGCUCUAGCCAGAGUCAACAACUUGCCUAAGUUCAGAGCCCAACUCUCUGAGCAGUGGAGUAAGAAGUGUGCAUUGUUUACUCCUGUGUGCUCAGACAGACCUAUCAACCUCUCGUACAUUUGUGCAGCCAAUGAGAACCAAAUCAUAGGAGAGUCAAUCUAAAAGACUCUUGGAUAAAAUUUGUAUUGGAAGUGAUAAAAGUUGAUUUUUGGUCUCCACUACAAGAAUACAUAAAAGACUUUAUUUUAAAAUCUCAUUUUGCUUCUGACUUUUCUCAUUGAACUUUCAAUGAAGACCAGAAGAACUAAUAGACAGCUAAAGAGAAUUGAAGACAUCAAGAUUGGAAUGGGAGAGUAUGUUGAACAAUCUGAGAAAACCAAUCACGUGUUGUCUUAAUUUCAGUAGUUUAAAAUCAGAUAUAGGCUGUAGGUGGUACUUUUGUUUUUAUUGUGCAACUAAACAAUUAAAAUAUAUUUAGAGGCCAGGCAUGAUGGUCCUUGUUUUUAAUCCCAUCAUCUAAGGAGGCAGAAGCAGGCAGAUUUCUGUGAGCUGGAGGUCAGCUCUGUGUGAGUGUGUGUGUGUGGUCAAUAAAUAUUUUAUUCUACCCACUUUUAGUAGAAAACAUCUUUAAUAAAGAUUUUUUCUUCAUUCAGCAGAUAACUAUCAACACCAGUGCAGAAGUACAUAAAAUGUAGUCACUAGAGUGAAAUAGCCCCGCAUCUGCGAGUGGGUGGUCUUGGUGUUAAAGUCUCUAAUGUCACUGAGAAGUACACACUUUGAUUUCUUAAGCUCUCUACCUUUCCCAGUAGUUUAAGGGUUGGCUGUUAACCCAGGCUUUUAACUGCAAAUCUUUUUGUGAGAAUAGCUCUCACAGCCUACAGUGAAGUUAUGAUUAAGAGAUGUCAUGGGGGGCAGGGAGACAGUAUUUUAAAGAAUUCUGCCCACUGGGAACCAGAUUGUAAACUGCCAUUGACUCUUGUGUUGAUAUCUCUAUAGAAUACAAAGCACGUGACUGUUUACCUGAUGCACCUGAUACUAUAACUAUUGGUGUAAGGAAUCUAGCUUCAAUAAACACUAAUACCUGUGACUGUAUAUUCCCUCAUUGUUAUGUUCCAUUUUAACAGAGGCGAAAGGAAGAGAAGAGGACUGAUGUAGGUUUUCAAACGUGAUUUUGUUAUUAAUCAGCGAAUUGAUAUACAAAAGAACUAUAUAAAUAUAUUGACUAGUCACAGGAAAAUGGAAUGAUCCUUUUCAUAGUUCAUAGAUUUGCAAAUGCAGACAGAUUAAAUCCUGUUUUUGUUUUACUUCUGUGUCUCCAAUGCAAAUUUUAAUUAUUAUUACUGGAUACUUGUAUACCUUACAGGCUAUUCAGUUCUUGAAAAAUUAUUUUCCUGAAAUGCCUUAUGUUGUUUCUUUUCUGCUCUGAUUCUUAUGUCCCCCUUUCGUCUCCAAAUGUAAACAGCAGCUGUUUCACAGGUUAGAUGCCUGAGAGCUACUUGGAAAACAAAUAGGCAUAAAAUUACAUUAACUAGGAAGAUUCACCACAGAUCUGAUGUUAAUGCUGGUUUCAACCUCACUGUUCAAUACCAGUGCAUCCAGAUUUGCCUAUUGAACUAUGACAUUCAAUAAAGACCUGUUGAACUUGCUUGAUUA